AUGCCGGGGGCGAGAAGUCUCGCUCUGCUCGGUCUCUGUCUGACCCUCCACACGUGCCGAGCCUCCCCGGACCACGACCCCCCGGACCACGACCCCCCGGACCACGACCUGCAGGACCACGACCCCCCGGACCACGACCCGCCGGACCACGACCUGCAGGACCACGACCCGCCGGACCACGACCCCCCGGACCACGACCCGCAGGACCACGACCCGCCGGACCACGACCCCCCGGACCACGACCCCCCGGACCACGACCCGCAGGACCACGACCUGCAGGACCACGACCCCCCGGACCACGACCCGCCGGACCACGACCCGCAGGACCACGACCCGCAGGACCACGACCCGCCGGACCACGACCCCCCGGACCACGACCCCCCGGACCACGACCCGCAGGACCACGACCUGCAGGACCACGACCCCCCGGACCACGACCCGCCGGACCACGACCCGCAGGACCACGACCCGCAGGACCACGACCCCCCGGACCACGACCCGCCGGACCACGACCCCCCGGACCACGACUUGCAGGACCACGACCCCCCGGACCACGACCCCCCGGACCACGACCCGGCGGACCACGACCCGCAGGACCACGACCCGCCGGACCACGACCCCCCGGACCACGACCUGCAGGACCACGACCCCCCGGACCACGACCCGCAGGACCACGACCCGCCGGACGAGGACCCGGGCGGCGGCGGGGGCCGGAGCCGGACCGGGGGCUGCGGGCGGUGUGAGCUGGACCUGUGCCCGGAGAGCCGCAGCUGCAGGGCGGGUCUGGUGCCGGACUCCUGCGGCUGCUGUCGGGAGUGCGGGAACCUGGAGGGUCAAGCCUGCGACCCGGGGGACCGGAGUGUCUUCUACGGGCUCUGCGGGACCGGACUGCGGUGUCAGGUGGACCCGCGGGCCGCAGGAGGAGGAGGAGGGGGGGAUGAAGAGGAGGAUGAAGAGGAGGAUGAAGAGGAGGUGUGUGUGUGUGAGGAGCAGGAACCUGUCUGUGGCUCCGACGGAACAACAUACAUGAACAUGUGUCAGUUCAGAGAGACAGCGUUCUCCAGACCAGAGCUCCGGACCAGAGGGAGGGGGCCCUGCAGGACCGUCCCCGUCAUUAAGGUCCGUCCUCAGAGUCAGGUGAACGGGACAGGAAGCAGUCUGGUGUUCCUGUGCGAGGUCUUUGCGUUCCCCAUGGCCCAGGUCGAGUGGAGGAGGGAGGGACGGGACGUGGUCCUGCCCGGGGACGACCCCCACAUCUCUGUCCAGUCUAGGGGCGGUCCUCUGAAAUUCGAGCUUUCCAGUUGGCUGCAGAUUGAGGGGGCGGAGCUAGCAGACUCUGGGACUUACCGCUGCAUUGCUCGCAACAACCUGGGAUCCGUCUCCGCCUCGGCUGUUCUGGGAGUCCUGGGACCAGAGGAGAUGUCGUCCUACCUGGCCAGCAGCGUUUCAGAGAUGGAGCAGCUGAUGGACGACGCCACAGACUACGACCAGGACUCCUACUGACCCACGUGUGAUGUCACUUCCUGCCAUGUGACUCUCUGUCCGGCCGCCAUCGCAGCAGAGACAGGAAACGCAUCACGAUCAGUUGACUGACGACACAGACUUUGUCAUCUUCAAGUCAAUUUGUGAUGAAUAUGUAUGCAAAUAUAUAUUAUAUAUAAUAAUAAUAAUAAUAAUAAUAUCUGUAUCGGUUUGUCUUAACUCUGAAUGCGACAUUCUUUGUCUUUUAAUUAAGUUAAAUUUUAUUAUUUUUGUCUUUUAUAACUAAACGUGUUCAUAUGUUUUUCCUUUUGUACUUUGUCUAUUUUUCAGUUAAAGUUAAACAGAAAUGUUCUUCUGUACAACUGGUCAUAAUGUUCUCCUCUUACAUUCAGCGCAGGAGCAAUGCAUGAUGGUAGAUAUACGACCACAGACUGUGAGUAACAGUGACAGACUUGUUCUGUUCAGCAACAGUUUGGUUUAGAACUCUGUAAUGUUAAUGGUAAGACUCAUGUAUAUUAACAGCCGCUGCUCUGACCUCACUGUGACCUCACUGUGACCUCACUGUGACGUCUCACGGGACGUCUUCCUGACAGAGUUUGGAGUCGUACAGACGGGAUCUGCAGGAGCCUGAUUCCUGCGGUCCGACCACAGGAAGUUGAGGAAUGAAACGUCUCUGUGUGUUUCCCAACAUGUGGUGAAUCUAUCAGACUGUAACUGGAGAACAUGUUCCUCUGGGCCUCGGUUCCGCUGGUUCUGCAGACGACGUUUGGGACCAGACAGAAGCAGAAUAAUGUGACUUUGGGUUUAUGGGCUAACGUUUUGUUUCUAACUGAAUCGACAGUGAUCAGCUGCAGUUUGCAGUGAAUCCAGUGAGGAACAGUCGACUGUCUCGGAGACGCUGAUGGAAGUGCGAUCUGAAACGAGACGGUCUCGUCUGUCUCUUGUCUCGCUCUCCCUGUCUCGGGUGUUGACUGUUACUGAGCAAACAAAUCUUUGGGCCAAACUGUUGCAGCCAUUUUUCCUGUUUCUUCAGAGGGAGGGAAACAGCGCCCUCUGGAUUGUGAUUACUGAUAAUGUCAGUAAGCCUGUGUGGUGGAAAUGGGUACUGCACUCCUGCAGCAACGACCGUCCGUGUUUUCAUACACAUUGUCAACUUGUACUCAGAAAAAAAAAACUGAAAAAGAAAUUGGAAUGUGUCAAAAACUGGUUCCACGUGUUCCUGUGAAUAAAGAGGGAACAUUCUGAUGUUUGA